AUGUAUUCACAGGCGGAUUCAGACGGUCUGAACAUUAAGGAUUAUUACGCGUGGAUCGGCCUGUUCAGAGAGAGGAUCAACUUUUCCUCUUGGACUCACUGGAUCUGGUCGAACAGAGAUGGAACCAGCUUCAGGGCCUGGGCACAUGAUGAACCCGACUCCAGUGACGGCUGCGUCCAUGUUUCUUCUGACGUGAUCUCAAGUGUUUACGGAACCACCUGUGACCGAUAUUAUUUCUUCAUCUGUCACGACCCCCACGACGACCAUUACCAUUACACGUUUAUACCUCAGUCCAAGACGUGGUCGGAGGCCCAGACGUACUGCAAGGACGUUCACACCGAUCUGUCAACUUUCAAAAAGGGCUCCGACCUGGAGAAGGCGAUACUUCCACAGGACUUUCCUGUCUGGACGGGACUGCACAGAGACGAGGGAGCGUGGAAGUGGAGCAGAGGCUUGUCGGAGUACAGACGUUGGUCAGCAGCUGAGCCGAGCAACAACAAAGGCGACUGUGCCUCCAUCUCUUCUCUGGGUAAAAAGAUGUCCGCCAGAAACUGCUCCACCCGCUUCCCCGUCCUCUGCUACUGGGACAACCUGGUCCUGGUGAAGGAGAACAAGACGUGGGAGGAGGCGCUGGAACACUGCAGAGCGCUCAGGGGGGGGAACAGGAACCACGAGCUGGUCAGCGUGCAGCCUGGACAGGAGCAUAGCUACAUGAUGAAGAGGGUCAUGGAGGCCGACACUGACGAGGUGUGGACAGGCCUUCGAUUCCUGGCCGGUGAUUGGUUGUGGGUGAACGGGGCAGUCUUGUUGUACUCUGGCCUGCCCGUCUGCCCCCUGGAGCAGCAGCACUGUGGAACCUUAUCCAAGCAAGACACCGGCAGCGUCGAGAUCAGAGACUGUUCGGAGACAAGGAACUUCCUUUGUUACACCUUUUAAUGACCUUCAACACCACCAGAAUGUUCUGCUUCCACCGCCUCUGUCCAAUGACUCAGUUUGAGUUUUGGAUCUUUAGAUGCUAGAUGUCAAACUGUAUUUACGGAAGACUUCGAUGAAACUUCUUCUAAAAAUGUUAU